AUGAUAAACUACAGUGCGACAUUAAAUUGUUUUAAAUUAUUCUACAAUCCAAAACUUUGCAUGCCUAACAUGACGGUUCCAUCGUUUAAUCAGAUACCCCUGCCUAUUGGUAGUAAUAUUAAAGCAAUUGUUUUAGACAAAGAUAACUGCUUUGCAUAUCCAUAUAAAAAUGAAGUAUGGCCUGAAUACAUAGAUAAAUGGAAUCAACUUAAAAGACAAUAUCCUGAUAAAUCAAUCCUGAUAGUAAGCAACUCGGUAGGAUCUUCAGAUGAUGUUGGUUAUAACGAAGCACAAUUACUCGAGAAAAAAUUAGGUAUACCGGUUUUAAGGCAUAAAAUUAAAAACCAGGAUGUAAAGAUGAGAUAUUGGAAUAUUUUUAUUCUAAAAAUUAUUGAUAACCCAAAUCAAAUUGCAAUUGUAGGUGAUAGGUUAUUUACAGAUGUGAUGAUGGCAAAUUUAAUGGGAGCAUACAGUGUGUGGGUCAAAGAUGGUGUAUCAAUAUCAGAUAGUCCAAUUUCAAAAUUUGAAAAACGUCUAUACGAUUUCCUUAAAUAA